AUGUAUUUGUUCAUUCUUUAAUCAAAGUAAAAUAUUCUCGUUUAUUAAUAUUAUCUGUUUAUCUAAACAUGUAAUUGUUGUAAAUUGUAAUGUAAGAAUUCAAUAGUAUUUAUUAAAUUUAUUUUACGAAAUUAUAUAUGUCUUUGUUUAGCUGAACACACGGGAAUAUAUUUGGAAAAAUGUCAGUAUCCAAAAAGAUCUGAUCCCCCUUUGACUCUUUUAUGGGUGGAUUUAUUUUAUUUUACAGGGAUUAUUUUAAAUCAGGACUAGCUCUAGAUUUUAUAUAAUUUAAGUAGUUUUACCAAACAUGCCUACCUAAAAACAUUCCUUACGUGCAUUUGAGACAAGACAAAAUCAAUCAUGUAUUUUAAAGGUGACAUCCUAUGUGCACUUUUACUGUGUUUAAGUGCUAUAAUUGGUUUCCCGGUGCAUCUAGCAACCCAGAAAACGUGGAAAAAAAAGAACCCAGUAAAUUUGCUUUGGUGUGCCUUUACCUGCAAGCAUGUGAGAAAUCGAGCCGUUCUGAUUUAGCUCCGGUUGUGAUGUUCGAAGCGGAUUUUAUUAUAAUGUUACCGCCCCUUAUUCUACACUGUUCCACCCACCGCGCUCCGCCAUUGUUGUUUACACAAGCGACAGCGCUGUACGUGACGCUAUGCAAUGUAGUCGCUGCACUGAGUCCAAUCCCAGGAACGGGUGGAUUUAUUUUAUUUCUAGUGGAAAUCCAUCAGAUACCAUAACUAAAAACCUGCUUGUUUAUGCGAAUCAAUUCAAGCCGUAGUGCUUUAUCAACCUGUGACAGCACAAGCAGGAUUAGCUUCAGAGUUGUUCCUCAAACGUGAUCGAGAACAACUGAACGAGACAAAACUGCCGAUGUCAGUAAUAUAUAUUAACAGUCUGAAUUGACUUAAAUGUACCGUAUAUAUAGGAGGAUAACGUUAGCAUAUGAUCGCGAGGGAGCUUAGUCAGUCACGGGCUAAAUACAACAUUCAAAGCCAGUGUUAAAUUUACUACGCGUUUGUUGACAAGCCGGACGGAAGAGGGGUGGGGUUCGCUGUAACUCAUUACCAUGAUAAGAUACAUGCACCAAAACGGGUUGUUGUGAGCAGAGCUGUUUUUGACGAGGCAAAAAGGGUUUUGUUUACACAGCCAUUGAGUUUUUUAAAGCAAAAUAUGUUCCAGACAUUUCAUGAAGACCCUUAGAAAUCAUAACAACAUGUUGAAAGUGCUCAUCUGAGGAAACCUUUAAGAUAUGACAGUUCAAGUUUUAUUCGGGUUUAUCAGUCUAGGACUGAUCUAAUGCCUGUCUGGGAAGCCGCCCCAUAGUGUUUCUUUACCUGCUAUGGUAGUAAAUGGGGGGUGGGAUCUGUUUGGAGACCAACAUUCUUACAAAUAUAUUCCUUUGUGUUCAGCAAAACAAAUAAAUUAAUACUGAGAGUAAAUGAAGACAGUAUUUUCAUAUUUGGCUGAACCCUUCAAAGGUAGUAAUGGCAAAUAAACGUUUGAUUUUAUAUAAUAGUGAUUAUUAUUAUUAUCAUCAAAAUAAGAUUGUAUGGUACAAAAACAUACUCGGAACCGAACUUUGCUGGUUUGUUUCCGGACGGUCGUUUAUCCCGGAACUCACGUUCCAUGCUGGGAAAGUGCACCCGCAAACGAAACAUCAUUCAUUCGUAAAAAAGAGAAAUUAUGGAUCAACUUCGUGUUUUGGAGUUAUACAGUGGGAUAGGAGGGAUGCAUUAUGCUCUGAAGGAGAGCUCAGUUCCAGCUGAAGUUGUGGCUGCUGUGGAUGUCAACACAACAGCAAAUGAAAUAUACAAGCACAAUUUUCCUAGUACUCCACUUCUACCUAAAACUAUUGAGGGAAUGACUUUACAGGAUUUUGACAAAUUGAACAUUGACAUGAUUCUGAUGAGCCCACCGUGUCAACCAUUCACCAGGAUUGGUUUACAAGGAGAUCUUACAGACCCAAGAACAAAGAGUUUCCUCUAUAUUUUGGAUCUUCUGCCAAGGCUCAGCAAGCGUCCACAGUUUGUUCUUCUGGAGAAUGUGAAGGGCUUCGAGACCUCUGCUGCAAGAGAUGCUUUGCUUAACACGUUGAGACAGUGCGAUUACAGCUUUCAGGAGUUUCUGAUCACACCAACACAUCUCGGGAUACCAAAUUCCAGGCUUAGAUAUUUCCUCAUCGCGAGGAGACCUCCAGGAUGUUUCUCAUUCCAAACUUCAGCAGAGAUAAUCGAUGGUUUCCCCAGACCUGUCUCCAGUGAAUCAUCAGACAGACCGGCUGUUCAAAACAACCAUCCCACAUCAUCAGACUCUGAAAGUAAAAGCUCUGGGCCAAUUAUAUUUAAGCUGGAGACUGCACAAGAGUUCGAACGGAAGAGGAACCAGGACAGCCAGGAGACGGUCCGGAGGCUGCAGGAAUUCUUGCGUGAGGAAGACGACAUGGAUCAAUAUCUUCUGCCUCCUAAAGUUCUGCUGAGAUACGCUCUACUGAUGGAUAUGGUUCAGCCCAGUAGCAGGAGAUCAGUGUGCUUUACGAAAGGUUAUGGUCAUUAUGUGGAGGGGACGGGCUCUGUCCUGCAGUCCUGUGUUGAUGUGGACUUAGAGAGUGUGUUCAAGAGUCUGGAGCUGCUUUCUGAUGAAGACAAACUAACAAAGCUCCUCAGAUUAAAACUGAGAUACUUCACACCUCGAGAAAUCGCCAACCUCAUGGGCUUUCCGGAAGAUUUCACAUUUCCAGAGCACAUUUCUGUUAAGCAGCAGUACCGUGUGCUAGGCAACAGCCUGAACAUCCAUGUGGUUUCGAACCUAAUCCAACUCAUGAUGUCAUGAGAAACAUUUUGAGAUCAAAGAGUGGAGGAACUGAGUCAUAAUGCCAGUUGGAAAGGCACUUGAUAAGAGACAUUAUAUACAUAUAUGUAAAUAUAUGCAAAUAUAUAAUUAUGUUUUCUCAUGUUUGUACAUUUGUUAAUAAAGUUGUUUUUAUGACAGUA